AGUUAAUCGUCUUGAACCUUGGACAGUAUACUUGAGUCAUUUAUCGCAUGUGUUUGUGUGAUAUAUUCAGUCUUUAUUGUUCAAGUGUCUACAUGCGACUGAAACAUAAUAUCUUUCUUAGUGAUCUGGAUUUUAACUGCAGCUAUGUUAUGGAGAAGUUGGUUCCUAAUAUCCGGGAUAUGCGCAGUGUUUCUGUCAUACCGGAUAUACGUUGUCCUUCAUCGAGAAAUUCCACCGGAAAUAGAACACCCUAACAUAGUACGGUGGCUGGAUGAAGCUGGUAGAGCCGGAAACACAUUGACCUGGAUAUGCCACCAACUGGGAAUCGAACACGCGACAUGGCCAGCCAAAUUGGUUGUUAACUUUGGAGCACGUCUUCUCCUUAACGGAUUUGGUAAACCCGUCACAAACAUCACGGUCCGUUACACCAGCAUCGACUCGGUACCAGUGACUAUAUUCUUACCUGAUGUACUUUCGGUUAAGGACAAGUAUCCGACUAUAGUCUACUUCCACGGCGGCGGAUGGACAUGGUUUUCUGUUGACGUGUAUGCUGGCUACCUUUCACACCUUGCCAAGAGGACGAACAUCCAAAUUGUUGCUGUUGAUUACAGAAAAGCGCCGCAAUUCCCUUUUCCUUCCGCCUACGACGACUGCCUUACCGUCACCAAUGGUCUUCUGAAAAGAAAAAACGAUUUCAGAAUAAAGCCAGGAAAACUGCUCGUCGCGGGAGAUGGGUCCGGUGGGAACUUGGCGGCUGCCGUUGCACACGUUACGAAAGGUAAAAUACUGAUGCAAGUCCUGAUCAACCCGACACUGCAAAUAAUUGAUUUCGAGACGCCAUCUUAUCAAGACAACGUGAACACACUUCCGGGACUGUCGUCUGCGUACAGAAACAUCUACCACUGGUUGUCCUAUGUUGGAAUUUCUAAGGACUACUUACAAAUGGCGAUACAAAACAAUCAUGUUUCACAAAAUACUCUCAACUCUGCUUUUAGUUCGUAUGUGAAUAGCAAAAAAUACUUGCCAAGUUACCACAAUGUUACAAAAAGAAAGACAAAACAAAAAAGAGAAUCUGGAAGCUUUAUCGUAACGUCUGCCUUUAAUGGCGUCGUAGCAGAUCCUCGGAUAGCACCGAUGAUGGCCGUUCAAGUCAAAGAUGUUCCAAAUGUAUACAUGAUAACGUCACAAUAUGAUGUGUACAGGGACGAAGCCAUCAUGUACACACACAGACUGUUUGACGCAGACGUUAAAGUAAAGCUCGAACAUUACUUUGAGGCUUUUCACGGAUUUUUCUUAUUUUGUGGGUAUGGUCCGAUAGAGUUUAAAGUGAGUAAGCAAGCUUUAGAUACUUUGGUGGACUUCCUCGACAAUAUGGUGAAGUAAAAACGGCAUUUGGUUGACUAGUUGUACAGUAAUGACUCAUCAUAUAAAUCACCGUUCCAUAGUAUGGGCUAUGUGACAGGUCUAUAUUCAACACAUGUUUGUUUACUUGGCUAAUAAACCAAACAUUUAAAAAAGAAAAUAUGAAAAUCAUUUCCUAAUAAAACACUUACUGAAUGCCUUGCCGGCCGAUAGUAAAGACUACUGACCUUCGGCAGUACGAGCAAUAGUUCCGACUACUGGCCAGUAAGCCAUUCAGUAAGUCUAUAAUGUUACUGGCUAGCCACUCAAAGCUGAGAAUUUUAUUUGAAUUAAAUAACACGACGAAAAAUGCUUAAAUCCAUGACACAUUGGGUAAAUUUCAAUGAUAUUAGACAUAAUACAAGAAGUAAGAAGGACAGUUGAAUAUUUUUCCAAAUGUUUGUAUGAGGGUAAAAGUCGUCACUGUAACUCUUACAUUGUAACGAAAUGUCAUUCAUAUGUCAUUGCUUUUUUGUUAAUUUAUGACUUGGUAUUUGUGUUAAAGGUUAGUAAGGGCAAAACUAUCCUAUCUUAUUACAUUUCAUGUAUGAAACGUUUUUGUUAUAGGAAUAUCCGGCUGGAGGGUGUGAGGUCCUGUUUCUGAUUAAGAUAUGUAUGAAUACACGAAUCAACUGAAUAA